AAAUGGUUAAUAAAGGGAGAAACACAAAAAAAAGGAAGAGCCACCGGAGAUUGAGCUGAACAAAUCAAAUAAUGGAGAGUGUGAUUCAGAGGUUAAGAAAGUUAGAUGCCUACCCUAAAAUAAAUGAAGAUUUCUAUAGCCGGACCUUCUCCGGUGGCUUGAUUACUCUUGUUUCUUCUCUUGUUAUGCUUUUUCUCUUCUUCUCUGAAUUCAGAUUAUACCUGCAUACUGUUACUGAGACAAAGCUUAUGGUGGAUACUGUUAGGGGGGAAACACUACGGAUUAAUUUUGAUCUUACAUUCCCUGCCGUUCCUUGUUCAUUGCUCAGUCUUGAUGCCAUGGAUAUCAUGGGGGAGCAGCAUUUUGAUAUAAAACAUAAUAUAAGUAAGAAGAGAAUCAAUGUUCAUGGUGAUGUAAUCGAAGUCAGGAAGGAUGGGAUUGGUGCACCAAAAAUUGAGAAACCUUUACAGAGGCAUGGUGGCAGACUUGGGCAUAAUGAAACUUAUUGCGGUUCGUGUUUUGGCGCAGAAACGUCAGAUGAUGAUUGUUGUAACUCGUGUGAUGAAGUUCGUGAAGCAUACAGGAAAAAGGGGUGGGCAUUGACAAAUAUGGAUAUGAUUGACCAGUGCAAACGAGAGGGCUUUAUUCAGAAGGUCAAAGAUGAAGAAGGUGAAGGUUGUAACAUGUAUGGAUCUCUAGAAGUAAAUAAGGUGGCCGGAAAUUUUCAUUUUUCACCUGGGAAAGGCCUUUAUCAGUCGAGCUUUUUUCUGCAGGACUUGUUUGUUUCUCAACAGGAGAAUCAUAAUAUAAGUCACAGGAUUAAUAGGCUAGCUUUUGGCGAGUACUUUCCUGGUGUGGUAAAUCCUCUCGAUGGGGUGUCGUGUGUGCAUGAAAUACCCAAUGGUAUGCAUCAGUAUUUCCUCAAGGUGGUCCCUACAAUAUACACUCAUAUAAGAGGCCACACAGUCCGCUCUAACCAGUACUCUGUUACAGAGCAUUACAAAAAAUCAGAAUUUGUUCGAGCUGACACUCCCCCUGGAGUCUUUUUCUUUUAUGACUUUUCUCCAAUCAAGGUGAUUUUCAAGGAGGAGCACAUUUCUUUUUUGCACUUCAUGACAAAUAUUUGUGCAAUAAUUGGAGGUAUUUUCACAAUUGCUGGAAUAGUAGAUUCUUUUGUGUAUCAUGGUCAAAGAGCAAUCAAGAAAAAAGUGGAAGUUGGCAAGUACAGAUGAUGUUUUCAGUUGAUAUUCAAUGCGUAAUUUUUGGGAGGUUGAAGAGCAAUGGAAUACUUUCCUCAGAAGAGCCCGGAUAUCCAUGUGCUGAUUCUUAUUUACUCUUAGUUUAGAGGUUAUAGGACAUAGUGUCGGAAUAUGAGCACAGUUUGUCCGAGUUGGGUAUUCCAUUCUGAAACUUAUAUUUAUAACCUGAUUUUGUAAAAAAUAUUAUUUCGCUGUUAUUUAUUUCAGCAUUUUCCGUUCCAUGGGUUUUGUUUCCGUGCAACAUAGUUGUUAAGUAAAGAAGACACAUGAAGAUGUAGAAGAAGCAUCUUCUGGCAGAAUACGUGGCCGAGUAAACAAGAGAGCAUAGGAAUAGGAUGAUGGUAAGUAGAAAAUUCAUUCUGCUUUGUAAACCUAUAAAUGGGAUUAUGCAAUCUUUUAACAUAGUAGCAAUGCCUUGAUUAUUCUUUAUGGAAGAAUUUUGUAAA